GCACCCCCACAAGAGGACAUUGAAAAGAUCCUCUGCGAAAAAACUGCUGGAUUACGAAGCCAGGUUUGCGGAACUUCACAGCAAAGCCCUGGCGCUGGGUCUCUCUCCGAAGGAGCUGUGCGAACUACCUAGCGUAAAAAGCUUACAGCGUGUGGGCUCAUCUCACUCCUUAACACGGCUGCAAAGCCAGGUCACUGGGUUCAUUCGAACCGUGAAGCCGUCUCGCCGGUGCGUGAGGUUCCUGUUUGGGCUACUCAUGGUUGUAGUGGUAUUUCAAUUUUGGUACCGUAGUCUUCAUACCCAAAAAGGCUGGGUCUCCUUAUUUGUCGAGAGGAACAAGCUUGAGUCCGAGCCUUGCAUCGUGGACAUGCCGGCUAAAAUUCAGAACGCCAUGAUGCCUCCUGUCGACUGCACCAUCUGCAAGAACCUCAAGAAAGUGUCUAGAAGGUCAUCAUUGAGCCGAUACGACUUCGAAACAGAAUACGCUUAUACCGGAAUACCCGUCGUCGUCACCGACGGGGCUUCGAACUGGACUGCUCUACAGACUUUCUCGCUCAACUUUUUUGAAAAUGUGUACCGGAAUGAGGCAUUCAAAAUGUCUAGAAAUGCCUGUCAGUUUUUUCCUUACAAAACGGAGUUCAGAAGCCUGGAAGAAGUCUUCAACAUGUCUGCUGAGCGGUCACGACUUCCAUGGUACAUAGGAUGGAGCAAUUGCAACCCGAGUGUGGCAAAUGUUCUCAGAAAGCAUUACCAGACCCCGUACUUUCUGCCAGCAUAUUCGGAGGGGUCAACGCUUGACUGGAUCUUUAUGGGAAGCCCAGGUUAUGGGGCUCAUUUGCACAUCGAUCAUGUCGGCAAGCCGUCUUGGCAAGCGCAGAUUAAGGGAAGGAAGCUGUGGACCCUGAAGCCCGUUCCCGAGUGUUACUCGACAUGCCACGAGCUCCAAGUAGUCGUACAUCCGGGAGAAAUAUUCGUUGUGGACUCCAACCUGUGGUACCACAAGACGGAGAUUGUCGGCAACGACCUAAGCAUCGCGAUCGGUUCGGAGUACGACUGAUGCGGUCGCCUUACUCUACUUCUUCAAUGUGGUCAAUAGUAAAAA